AUGGCUGUUAAUGUAGCCGAUGAAUAUUCAUUGUCAGCUCAAACUGUACCAUGUGGAGGUUAUCUUUACGAAUCUUAUGGAUCUUUUGUCAGUCCUGCUUAUCCAUCCUCCUAUCCAAAUAAUGCCAACUGCAUUUGGUACAUUCGAGUGAACAGCAACCAAAAAAUAAAUCUGCAGUUUACUGAUUUCGAAAAGUACGCCAAUAUGGGAGAUGACAGCUUGGAAGUUUCACCAACUUGUGGAUUUGAUUAUGUUGCAAUAUAUGACGGACCUUCUACAUCUUAUAACUUGCUUGAAAAACUCUGCCAUGCUUCAAGUGAAACAUUUACAUCAACAUCCAACAGUAUGACAGUCCAUUUUCGAACAGAUUCUAGUGUAACUCGGCGUGGUUUCGCUGCAAGUUACCGCUCUCUGCCCAUCAAUAACGGUUACUCGUGUGGAGGUUUCCUUGAUGAACCCUUUGGAUCCAUUAUGAGUCCUAAUUAUCCAAACUUGUAUCCAAAUAGUGUAGAAUGCACUUGGUACAUAAGAACAAACAGCUCAGAAGUAAUAUAUUUGCGGAUCACUGACUUAGAGCUUGAGGCUCCAUCAAAUUGCCCAUAUGAUUUUAUUGCUGUGUAUGAUGGACCUACAAGAAAUUCUCCUUUGCUUGCCAAGUUUUGUCGUGAGCUAAAUGGAGCUUUCACAUCAUCAUCCAACAGUAUGACAGUUUAUUUCCGGACAGAUGGCAGUGUAACCAGACGUGGCUUCAGUGCAAACUACCACACUCUGCCCAGCAAUUACGCAAUUUUAACCUGUACAACAAAUUAUAUGGAUGCAAAAAUUGAUAGAUCGUAUCUCAGCAAACUGGGUUUUGAUGAGUCCAGUCUCCACUUGAAUGACCAAAGCUGCACGCCAAUAGUAGCAGAUGAUAAAGUGGAAUUCAAGAUACAACUUGAUCAAUGUGGUACAAUACGGGAGGUAAACAAUGACACCAUCUUUUAUUCCAAUACCAUCCGAUCUUCAGCUUCUAACUCCACUAUAGUCCGUACGCAAUACCUGCAGAUUAAUAUUGGCUGUGAAAUGCAACAGGAUACAAUGGUUAAGGCCAUGUAUUUGGUAAAUGAAAACUCAGCACUUGAAAUACUUCAUAAUAUAACAGAAUAUGGCAACUUUAGAGCCAACAUGAAUUUUUAUGAAUCAUCACACUUUGCCACACCGGUGUCAGAUUCACCUUACUACGUGGAUCUCCUGCAGAGUCUUUUUGUACAGGUUAACUUGAACAGCUCUGAUGCCCAUCUUAAAGUUUUUGUGGAUACCUGCACCGCAUCGCCCUAUAAUUUCAACUGGACAUCAGUAACCUAUUAUCUCAUCAAGAAUGGGUGUGUGAGGGAUGAGACAUAUGACACAUUGCCCUCACCAACCAACGACAUCGCACGAUUCCAGUUCAGUGCCUUUAAAUUCCUGAACACAUAUUCCUCGGUUUACCUGCGCUGUAAACUUGUAAUAUGUGAAGCUUAUGAUUACUCCUCGCGCUGCUACCGUGGGUGCAUGUCUCGGCAAAAGAGGGCCACAGCUUCAUCUAAGGGAAAUAUUGAUGUAAUGUUGGGACCAAUUGAACUCAAAGGAGAUUAA